AUGUUAUUUCUUGGUAAAUCAAUUGGAGUUGAACAAAUUGAUGUUGUUGUUGAGCAAAAAUUGGGCACUGAUAGACAUAGUAGUUUAGCAAAUCCAUGCAUUGAAGAUGAGGAUCAAACAAAUUUGCUUUGUAGAUAUUGUGCACAGAGUGAGAAGGUUUUGUUGUCUUCAGUUUGGGCAAAUGGUAUUACACAUGUUGGUCAAUGUUUCACAGGACAAGCAUUUGAGUUUCGUACUGUUUUAUGCAAAUAUGCAAUGCAAUGUGGGUUUAAAUUCAAAUAUUUAAAGAACGAUUCACAACGAAUUACUGCUGGAUGCUCACAUAGAGAUGAUAGGGGAUGUUUGUGGUCUAUGCAUGGUAGAGGCCAAAGAGCAAACCAAUUUUUCUACCUUAAGAGAUGGACGAAGAUACAUAGUUGUGGUGCUAAUGUUCGUACUUCAAAAAAUCCAAGGCUCAGCUCUGAUUUGGUGUCAAAUGUUGUAUCUAAGUGUGUUAGGGACAAACCACUAACGCCCCCCAUUGAUGUGGCAUACACUUUCAAGGCAGACUAUAGACUUGAUAUUAGCUACCAUGUAGCAUGGUUAGGUGUUGAGAAAGCGAGAGAGGCUAUGCAUGGUGAUUACUUAACAUCGUUUGACCAACUGAGAUGGUAUGGUGAUGCUGUUCAGCAUUAUAAUCCUGGAAGUCAUAUCAAUAUUGACUAUAAUUUGAAGACUAGAUUGUUUCCAGUAGCCUUUGCAAUUGUUGAUUCGGAAAGUGAAUCGAAUUGGUCAUGGUUUCUAUAUGAAUUGUCAAAAGUAAUUGCUAAUGAUAGACGCCAUGACAUUUGUAUCCGAUCGGACAAGUUGAAGGGUAUGGAGAAUGGUUUCAAGGAACACUUAAUACGGAAGUUGGGUGAUUGUGCAUAUGAACCAACUAUGGCAGGUUUUCAUGCAUUACUAGAAGAGUUGAAAAGUGAGGGGAAGCAACGAGCAUAUAACUUCUUGUCAAGGUUAGAACCAGACCAUUGGGCAAAUGCUUACUUUAGGGGACAACGAUAUGGCGAGAUGACAUCCAAUGCUGCUGAAUCAUUCAACAAUUAG